AUGAAGUAUCGAAGGCGACCACUAGGAGCUUUUGGGCUGAUUUUCAGCUGCCUGGCACUCGGCUUGCCGAUGCUAGUGCACGGUGGGCUAAGCGUACAGCACUGCCAGUUGUACCUUGAGACGGACUAUCUGUUCUAUAACAGAAUCCCCAAGGCCGGCAGCACGACCCUCAAGACCCUUGGCAAGAAAUUGGGGCGACAGUACCACUUUGAUUUCAACAGCAGCCGAAUCUACUGUUGUCGGGAGCGUGUUCAGGCUGUGAUGGGACCAAAGCAAGCAAACUGGACCAUCAAUGAAUGUAUGGAUGCUGGAGAUGAAUGCAACUACCUGCGAGAACUGAUGGAUGCAAGCUCUUUCAAUCUGAUGACCACCUUUUUCUGUGGACACGGUCCCGAGUGCACCAUGCAAACACCCCAACAGGCUCUUGCACGAGCCAAGCAGCGGUUGGAGCGAGAUUAUGCACAUGUGGCGGUGCUGGAGCGCAUGCCAGAGAGCCUUGCCUUAUUUGAACUGUUGAUGCCCCAGUUUUUCCGCAACGCUCGCUCGUUCCUGUCCGAACACAGGGAGUAUCAGCAGUUGAAUCAUAAUCAAGCCGUCGAGGCGGAUCGGCGGCGGCCCACUUCUGCGACAAGAGCUGCGAUUGCUCGACUGGCUCGUUAUGAUAUGGAGCUCUACGGCUUUGCAGUGUCUCUGCUCACAGAGCGCCUUCUCAGUUGUUCGCAUCUGAUGCGUGGUCUCACCAUACCAGCACCAUCGUCAACAUGA